AUGUCGCCCACAACUACUUCCUUUAUACCUGUCCUCGCCAUCUCUGCUCUCAUCCUCAUCUCAUCGAGAUUUUCACCCCGGCCUAUUGCCAUCUCAGACUUCUCCAUCCAGUUCGUCCUAGGCACCGUCUCCAAGUUGACCGUGUGGCUCGUGAAGUUUGCCUGUGGCGUUGCAGACGACAUCCGUCACGAUUUUGUCACCUUCUCACCACAAGAAGCAUCCAUAGCGGCUUCAUCUCUCCACUCUGAAACUUACUCCGACUCAGAGAACUACAAUGGUGGCGCUGAUCACGAAUCGUACUCCAACUCAGACGAGUCAAAUUAUCUCCCGCAUCCACCCAAGAAGCCAAUGCCGCCGAUGAUGCGCCUUGCAGACCACUUUCGUCUCUAUCCCUCUCGUCCUUGUCCUGCCCAACGUCCUCUCCCUCUCCCUUCUUCACAUCGACGAUUCCGAUUUACCUCUCCUUGGCCUGCACCAUCUUGUCGCGUGUUGCCAGCUCAUGCUCAUGGCUGUACCUUCCUGUUCUCCCCUCUAACAAGGUUACUACCGUAUCGCAGCGCUUCCGACCCGCCAGCACAAACAUCGACCCUCCAACAACUGAUGGAUUCUGUGCCUCCACCGUCUUACGAAGAACUAGAUCUGUCUUCACGCUUAUAUCGUCUUCGUGCCUCGUUUUCAGUCCCCGCGACUCUAUCCCAUGUUAUCCCCGUCCCUCAAGUGGAACAACAACAACAACAACCCCAGGCCCUUCCUGCUUUUCUCCAACCACAAGCUGCACAGCCACCUGGACCGCCACUAGUGCUAGCUAUGCCGAUGGACGUUUGUCUUGAGCCCACUAUUCCGCCUCCACCACGGACGCCACCAUAUGACUGGGGGUACCACGGGUUAGCCUUUUGUCACGCUAGUGCGAUGAACGAUGCGAGUUUGUGGGAAGCGGCGCUCUUUGAGUCAGAGCUCGCAAAGCCGUCGGUGAAGUCAUGGCCAUGGAAUGUUCUAGAUAAGGGACAGGGCUUCAGGUUGGACAACACGUCAGGCCGGGUGGUUGCACCUCCGCCGUUGCCGUCACUUGGCAUUUAG